UAAUUUGGUGAAGUUGAGAUUUCUGGAUGGUGUAGAAAAAAACAGCAGGAAGGCUGAAAUGGCCAAAAAUGUGCACGGAGACCAGAGAGGUGGUGGCUCAGAAGUCAAGGACCCUCCCAGACUCCCGCCUCAAACCGAUCCAGUGACGCAAAAGGGCCGGGGAAAGAGCGUGUACUACCAGGUGGAAGCUUGGGCCUCGGCGCCCGCCGUAGAGAGCGUGACGAGGCGGGCGCGUUGCCUUGGAGCCCGCAAGACGCCGCAGGACAGCCACAGUGGACCGCGUCGGCGGGCCGCCUCAGGCGCCAUGUCUGUGCUGGACGUGUUGUGGGAAGACCGCGACGUGCGCUUCGACGUGUCCUCGCAUCAUGCAGUCUCUGCUCUUUUCCUUUUAUUAUCCAAGACUCCACUUCUGGAUCUCGCUGACUCCCAAGUGGCCCUGGUCAACUUGGGGCUCGCUGACCGGUCAGCCUUGUCUGGAAGAUUGGCAGCAUAUAGAGGUAGACUCUUAGUAACAAACUUAAGAAUCAUCUGGCAUUCCUUGGCAUUACCCAGAGUCAAUCUUUCUAUUGGUUACAACUGCAUAUUGAGUAUUACAACAAGAACUGCAAACUCCAAACUACGAGGCCAAACUGAAGCUCUUUAUAUAUUAACAAAAUGCAACACCACCCGGUUUGAGUUUAUUUUCACAAAUCUGGUUCCUGGGAGCCCCAGACUUUUCACUUCUGUGAUCGCAGUACACAGAGCAUAUGAAACUUCUAAAAUGUACCGUGAUUUUAAACUGAGAAGUGCAGUCAUUCAAAACAAGCAACUGAGGUUAUUACCACAAGAGCAUGUGUAUGAUAAGAUCAAUGGUGUAUGGAAUUUAUCCAGCGACCAGGGAAAUUUAGGAACGUUUUUUAUUACCAAUGUGAGAAUUGUGUGGCAUGCGAAUAUGAAUGACAGUUUUAAUGUCAGCAUACCGUAUCUGCAAAUCCGUUCAAUAAAGAUCAGAGAUUCAAAAUUUGGUUUGGCUCUUGUCAUAGAAAGCUCUCAACAGAGUGGAGGAUAUGUUCUUGGCUUUAAAAUAGACCCUGUGGAAAAACUACAGGAAUCAGUUAAGGAGAUCAACUCACUUCACAAAGUCUAUUCUGCCAGCCCGAUAUUUGGAGUGAAUUAUGAAAUGGAAGAAAAGCCACAACCCCUUGAAGCUCUGACGGUUGAACAGGUUCCAGAUGAUGUGGAAAUAGACUCUGAUGAUCACACGGAUGCUUUUGUGGCUUAUUUUGCUGAUGGGAAUAAGCAACAAGACCGAGAACCUGUGUUUUCAGAAGAGCUGGGGCUUGCAAUAGAGAAACUGAAGGAUGGCUUCACACUCCAGGGACUUUGGGAAGUAAUGAGUUGAGCCGGAGUUGAGCUGGAGUUCUAUUUAAAUAUAUCUCAAGAUUAAGACACCACUUGCCUACUCUAGGCAUGGAAUAGUUUUUACAUUAUAGCUUUUAUAUUUUAUAUUUUAAGAAAAGCUUUCAAUAACUAAGGAAAAAUUUCUUAAUUUUAGAAAACUGGCAGUUUUCUAAAAAUUAUAUUCAAAAUUGUAACUGAAAUGUACCUGGUUUGUAAAUGUUUAUAUUGUACCUAAUACUUGUAAAAUAGCACUUUACAGAUAUUAAGUGACUAUAUCAUGUUGGAUUUAAUAAAGAUUUUAUUCAGCACCA